CUACUGGUAAGAUUUUCCCAUGUCAUCCACCCCUGCUAUCAGUUGGUGGUGCAGUCCAUGGACAGAGCGAUAGUGGGAAUGAGAUGGCCUGCUCAUUUUCCAGCAUGUUCUCUUGGAGACUGUAGGAGGUCCACUGUGGAUGCAGCUGAUACUUUAUUGAAGACAGCUAUGGCACAACACCAAACAAAUCCUGCUCUGUAUUCAGUACAUUAUGCGUUUCCUGCAACCAGAAUUUCAGCAUCUCCUAGUUUAUAUGAAUAUUUGCAUUCAGGACUGUGGCAUUUUAUUUAACUACUUGUUUCUUUGUUUGAAGAGUGAGCUCCAUAUCCACAUAUGGUAUGGAACAAUAGAAAUGGCCUAUUUUGACACAUUUGUCUUUUAAAAGUUACUAAAAAGUAAACCAACAUUACUAUCAGCUAUGUUUCUAUUACUUGGAAGAGAAUCAUUGGGAUUACUGAGCUUCAGCCUGAAAAAAACUCCUGAACUUUUUGACUUGGCUAUCUUGAUUUCCAAGCAUGUCUUUGUGCUCUCAUAUCUCCCUGCCCAAUCCCUGCUUAUGCCAUAGAGUGUUGGUAGCAGACCUAGAACUUUGUGGCCUUGUACCCAGCACAGCAGAGUGAACUCUUCUUCCUGACACUUGAGCACCCCUCAACAACUGGGCACUAACUGUGCAUUUCCGCUGGAAAUAAUGCCUCAGUCCCUUUCCAGCAGCUGCAAGUUUUAAAAAAAGAGAGAUAGCUAUUGGAUGUAUUGAAUCCAAACCCAUCUUAUUAAAGCACAUUUACUUGGAUUAUUUUUCCACACUCAAUAGCAACACUGGAAAGAGAAGUUAUUCUUGAUUGUGUCUUUGAAUCUUUGCCACAUGUAGAAGACUGAGAGUUGUCUAAAAUGGCUGCACGGUGGAGACAAAGGACAAACGCGCUGGUUGUGACUCUCGGAGUGCUGCACUGCUGGGGAUUGGGGUCCUGUUAUGAUGAGAGGACUAGUGUUUUCUCAGAGGACAAAUCACUUGAAAAAGGCCCAGUGACCCGUGAAAGAGUGAAGAGAGGAUGGGUGUGGAACCAGUUCUUUGUGGUGGAAGAGUACACAGGAACAGAGCCACUUUAUGUUGGAAAGAUCCACUCAGACUCAGAUGAAGGUGAUGGCUCCAUCAAGUACACCAUAUCUGGUGAAGGUGCAGGAACUAUCUUUAUCAUUGAUGAGGUCACAGGGGACAUUCACGCCACUGAGAAGUUGGACCGUGAGGAGAAAGCCUUCUACACAUUACGAGCACAGGCUCGAGACCGCCAGAGUGAUGCCCCACUCGAACCCGAGUCCGAGUUUGUCAUCAAGGUCCAGGAUAUCAAUGACAGUGAGCCCAAAUUCCUGGAGGGGCCAUACAUCGGAAGUGUGGCUGAGCUGUCUCCUAUCGGUACAUCAGUAAUGAAAGUGAUGGCCUCAGACGCAGAUGACCCAACCUACGGGAGCAGUGCCAGGAUAGUGUACAGUGUUUUGGACGGAGAAAAUUUCUUCACUGUUGAUAGACAGACUGGAGUGAUUCGGACAGCCGUAGCAGACCUUGAUAGGGAGACGCAGGACCGUUAUGAGCUAGUUGUCAAGGCAACAGACAUGGCAGGCCAAAUGGGUGGUCUCUCCGGCUCCACCACGGUGACCAUAGUGAUCACGGAUGUUAAUGACAACCCUCCACGUUUCCCUCAGAAGAUGUGUCAGUUUUCAGUUCCAGAAGGGAUGGCAGUGGGCACAUCGGUGGGUCGGGUGAUGGCCAUGGAUGCAGACAUGGGCAAGAACACGGACAUGAGCUACUUGAUUAAAGACGAGGAAGGAGGAGAGCUCUUCAGAGUCUCCACUGACACCGACACACAAGAAGCCAUCAUCAUCAUCAAGAAGCCUCUGGACUAUGAGAAGAAACGCACCCAUAAUGUGGUGGUGGAGGCGGUGAAUAAGCAUGUGGAUCCACGCUUCGUGGACCUGGGCUCUUUCCGGGACCAGACCAUUGUCAGAGUCAGUGUGUCAGAUGUGGAUGAACCUCCAGUCUUCUUUCCACCCACCGGAGCUAUUAUGGAAGUACAGGAGGAUGCCAAGCAAGGGGCUCUUGUGGGCUUUGUUACAGCCAGGGACCCAGAUGUGGACAAUGUCCCUCUUAGAUACUCAAUAGAUCAGAGCACAGAUCAGGAGCAAAUCUUUAACAUUGACGCAGUGACUGGUGCAAUCACCCUGGGGAAGAUCUUGGACAGGGAGACGGCGGGCUGGCACAACAUCACAGUGACAGCCGUAGAAGCAGAUAACCAGUCCAUGGCUUCUCAGACUUCAGUUAGCAUCCGUAUUCUGGAUGUGAAUGACAACCCACCUGAGCUGGCCACCCCAUAUGAAGCCUCCAUCUGUGAAGAUGCAAAAUCUGGCCAGCAUGACUGA